AAAUCCUAGCCUCGGACCGAACCUCAGUUUUGGCCCUCUGUUCGUUGAAAAUUUCGCACACUAUUUCGAUCGCUUUAUCUCUCUUUCUGUCCCUCUCUCUCUGUAUGGGUGUGAGCUUAGAGACGGCUCAUUUCUAUUUCUCUUUCUCUUUCUGCAUCUCUCGAUUCAAACCCUAAAUCAUUGAACAAAUUAACAGUGUCGGAAGAUCGGUUUCGAGCUCGAGCGGAGGCGUCAGGGCAAAACUAAUGAGGUCUUGAGUGACAUGACUUGGCAGUUGGAAUAACACCAAAUGAGCAGAAAGGUCUAAAGGUGCCUGUAAUAUAAAAGCGAGUUAUCUAUGCCUGGCAACGAAGUUGGAGAUAGGAUCCACAAUUUCUUUGGCCAGGAGAACUUGUCUCAAGGCCAGCAGCAUUCAGAGGUUGUUGACGGGACCUGGCCAGGUUUGGGUAACAAUCCAUGGGCUGGUAGUCAGAGACAGAUCGGCACAUCUUUUAUUUCUAAUUUAAAAAAUCAGUCUGUACAGCAAUCAGCUGAACCUGAAAGAGGACAUGGAGGACAGUCAUCAAGUGUGCAGCGUGGUUUAAAUUUUUCUCAAUCAAUUCUGAGGCCUGAGUUUGCUAGAAGUCAAUCUCAAAAUCAACAACCAACUUUGAAUGGCUAUUUGCAUGGGAAUCAGGUGUUUCAAACUAGGCAGAAUGAUGCAAACUUUUUGGGAGUGGAUACAGAAUCUGAUCGACGUAAUUUAACACCAAGAGGCUUUUCAAUUCUCAAUGAACAAUUAGGAAGUGGCCCCGAACUUCACAAGAAAAAUUCAGUGAGGAUGGAUUUUAAUGAAUCUCCUGUUAAUUACGAUUUUUUGGGAGGUCAACAGCAAAUGAGUAGUCCGCAUCCUGGCAUGUUGCAAUCUUUGCCAAGGCAGCAGUCAGGGAUUAGAGAUAUGCAGCUACUACAGCAACAAGUAAUGCUUAAGCAGAUGCAAGAAAUUCAAAGGCAACAACAACACCAAAAGCAACAAUUGCAGCAACAAGAAGUAAGGCAGCUGAAUUCUGUAAAUCAGGUUUCCCCUUUUGCAAAACAGGCAACUGGAAGCCAUCCACAGGCUCUGGUCAAUGGCAUUCCCAUUCCGGAUCCAUCUAAUUAUUCGUGGCAGUCUGAGCUUAUGGCAGCUAAUGCAAACUGGCAACAUCGUAGUGCCUCUCAAGCUAUGCAAGGAUCCUCUAGCGGGCUAAUGUUUUCCCCUGAUCAUGGUCAAGCACCACGAUUGAUGGGAAUGAUUCCCCAGCAGGUUGAUCAAUCUCUUUAUGGUGUUCCCAUAUCUGGAACAAAGGUUGCUCGAAGCCAAUAUUCUCCUGUCCAAUUGGACAAGUCUACGAUACAGCAGAUGUCCGGCAGCAGUACUUCCUUUUCAGGUAAUCAGUAUACUGGGUUUGCAGACCAGGCUUGCAUAGAGGAUGGUACUUUGGCUUCUAGACACGGAUAUCAGGGAAAAAACAUGUCUGCUGAUGGUCAAGGCUUAAAUGGUGGAUUCAAUUUGGAGAACUUGCAGCAGGUAGAUCCCCAGCAAAGCAAUGGGUCUGGGCAGGAUUUUAGUAUGAGGCAAGAUCUGGCGGGUCCAGAAACAUCGCAGGAGAAGACAGUGAUGCAGGUCACCCCCUCACAGAAUGUAGCUACCCUAGAUCCAACGGAGGAAAAGAUCUUGUUUGGUUCAGAUGAUAAUUUAUGGGAAGCUUUCGGCAGAGGGACCAACAUAGGUUCAGGAGGUUUUAAUAUGUUAGAUAGCACUGAUUUUUUAGGUGCAUUUCCUUCAGUGCACAGUGGGAGCUGGAGUGCUCUGAUGCAGUCUGCUGUAGCUGAAGCAUCAAGUGCUGAUACGGGGAUGCAAGAAGAGUGGACUGGUCCGACUUUCCGGAGUAAUGAAUCUCCAGCUGGGAAUCAACAGACCCCAACUGUUGGUGAUAGUGGAAAUCAGCAAUCCACUUGGGUUGAUAACAGAUUGCAGUCUGCUUCUACGCCAAAUGCUAGACCCUAUAAAUCUGAUGGCACCAAUUCAAGUAUCAGCUAUAAUAAUAUGCCAGGGAUUAAGCAAUCUGGAGUCAGUACAGCACACGAACAGAGUGAAAGAUCGUAUGCUGCUUUGUCUCAGAGAUUUUUUCAGCCUUUUUCGGGAGAAGGGACCAAGCGGCUGGAUCAGAAUUCUCUGCAAAAGCCAGUUUCUGAAGUUGGUCAUAGUUCUGAAAAGGGUGCUCAUUCGACAGAUGUGGAAUCAAAUGCAAAGAGCUUUUCAGGUCCUUGGACAAAUCAACAGAGCAUGUCCUCACAUAAUACUGGUGGCCAACCAGGCAAUAGACCAAAUGGUUGGAAGUUUGUUGACUCUUUGUCCUCUAGAGCGGGAACUGCUAUGAAGAACCAGGGGAAUGAUAAAAUGUUGCAGGCUUCUCAGAGUAUUGAGAGUAAGAGUCCCAUGUUUGAGGCAAUGGGUUAUGGUGUUGGUUCAUGGAAGUCUGAUUCAGUUUCUAAUUCAAUUGUUGAACUGGAGCAGGGAAAAAAGUCCAUCACAGGUAGCCCACACAUGAGUAGAGAAGAUACCAACCUGAAUAACAUUGCUACGUUACCUGAUACUAGCACUGCCAGGGUUAACCAGGAAAGUGGCCAACAGCUUCCCAAUGGCAGUAAUAUUGAUAUCUGGAAACGUGUUGAUUCUUCAAUUAACUCUAAAAGAUGUGAGUUUCCAGGAAAAUACCAACCUCAUAUGGACAAGAAACAUCAAGACUUUGAGAUGUCGGGAAAUAAUAGUUUGGGCAGUGGGGUAGUUGAAGCUCAUGACUACCAAGACACAAAAGAAAGCAAAAUUGACAGCUUUUGCAAUGCAUCCCACAAUAGUUCCACCAGUGGUGUGAGAGAUGGUGCUUGGCUAGAUGCAAAUGAUUCACUUACUUUGUCCGGGGGAAAACUAAAGUCAUCUGGUCAUACUGGUCGAAAGCCUUCAGGCAUUCGUAAAUUUCAGUAUCAUCCUAUGGGAGAUCUGGAUGCUGAUGUUGAACCUUCAUAUGGUUCAAAACAUGCUGUACAUUCACAGUCCUCGCCAAUGCAGGUUUCUCAAGGGUUAAAAGGUUAUGAUCACGGGGUUAGUGGUCAAUCAAAAUUUCCUACUCAGCUAGCUAGAAAUUCCAUGGAAAUUGAGAAGGCUCGUUUCCCCAGUUUUCAAGGGGAAGCAAAAGGUUUAGAGGAGAUUACUUCGAGAAACAUACUUCCAGGUUCUGCACCUAGUACUUCUACUUCCUUUGACAGGAUUGUUAAUAAUUAUGCAACAAGCAAGACGACACCAUCGAGUCAAAAUAUGCUUGAGCUUCUUCAUAAGGUGGACCAAUCAAGAGAGCAUGGAAAUACAACGCACUUCAGCUCUUCUGACUGCAAUCAGUCCUCUGAGAUGCAUGAUGCCAAAUAUUCUGAUGGACAUGUUCACCUUCAACAAAGUCAGUCUUCUGCUUCUCAAGGUUUUGGCUUACAACUUGCUCCUCCAUCUCAACUCUUGCCCAGCCAAGAUCAUGCCCUUUCAUCUCAGAGUCCUUCGCACACAAAUAACUCUGUCAGUUCAACUCAUGCUACCUCUGAAGUAGGGGACAAGAGUCAUAGAUGGUUGGCUUCCACAUCCUCUGUUCAAGGAUUGCCUCCUUCCCGUGAAACAUCUCAAGGAGAAUUUAGGAAGAGUAAUUCUGGUAUCUCAGGAAAAACUGACAAGAAUGUUCAGGGAAGUUUUUCUGCUGCCUUUUCCCCCGGUUUUCCUUAUCCAAGAAGUCAUUUUCAAAAUCAGCACGUGCAUGAUAUGGGUGGACAGGUGACAACCGGUCAAUCUGUUAAUGCAUAUUUUGAUAGGUUUGCGUAUCAGUCAAAACAGAUGGAGUUUGAGAGAGCUCAAAGUAGCCAGUCGAUACCAGCGCCGGGCAUGUCUAGAAGUAGUUCCCAUAAUGACAUACAUUCCUCUGUUGAGAUGCCCCAGCUGAGUAAUAAUAAUCAAAAUAGUGCAAAAGAUUCUCUGCAGCAGUUCCCUGUUUUGGAAGCUAUGUCAACUCCUCAGCCUUCUAAUAUAUCUGGCCCAUCACAGGAGAAUGCUUCUGCAAAAACUUCACCUACUGUGUGGACCAAUGUUUCAACACAGCAACGUUCAAUCGGUGUGCAGCCUUUUAAGGCUUCUUCAAAUAUGUUUAAGUCCAAUCUUCAAUCAAAUACUGAUUUAGAAACAAAUUCGUCUGGAUCACAGAAGCAAGUGGGUCACAAUGUACAAAUGGUAGGGGAUGGUCCAUCUGAAUCUGGUGCAUGUUCUAUGAAUGCACAUGAUUUUGCUGGGAAAGAACAACCAGCAAAAGGAGACCCAUGCCUACAUGUUUCACCUGAAAAUGACCUUGCACAGAAGAUGUCUGUCUCACAAGGGAAAGAAUCUGUGGCAAAUUGUCUUACAAGCACUUCUGUUGGUAACCCCACUAGUACCCAAAGGGAGAUUGAAGCAUUUGGCCGAUCUUUGAGGCCCAAUAAUACUUUACAUCAAAAUUACUCCUUAAUGCACCAAAUGCAGGACAUGAAAAAUGCGGAUGUUGAUCCGAGUAAUAGGAGUUUGAAGAGAUUUAAAGGUUCUGAUAGUGCUGUGGAUUCUCAGCAGGUAAGCCCCCAAGGAGGACAGCAGCACUAUGGUCACAAUAAUAUGGUCAGAGAAAUGUCACAAAAUCGUGCGUCAAUUCCCCCUGAAGAUGCUAAGAUGCUGAGCUUUUCAGCAAAAUCAACGGAUGUUCGGAAUACAAAUACACCUCAGGAUAUGCUUGCAUUUAAUGAUCCUCAGAAUUUUGCUACCAGCGGCACAGCUUCUGUGAGAGCUGAGCAUUCUCAGAUCAGUCCCCAGAUGGCCCCAUCCUGGUUUGAUCAGUAUGGAUCCUUUAAAAAUGGGCAGAUAUUACCUUUGCAUGAUGCACAGAGAAGUGCCUCUAUGAACACUAUAGAACUUCCUUUUGCUGUUGGAAGGCCUACCGAUAGUUUGAAUGUUCAUGGUCCAGUGGAACAAAAAAAUGCAAUUGCUGCUGGUGCUGGCCAGCAGGGUCUACUGCAAAAAGGUUCAAGCCCCUCUCUAGCAAGUGAGAAUCUCCCUUCCCCACAGUUGAUGCAUCAUGAUGUUGCUGAUGUAACCUUGGCUGCACUGAGACCAAAGAAGCGUAAGACUGCUACAUCAGAACUUGUACCGUGGCAUAAGCAAGUGCUGCAUGGCGUUCAAAGUCUUCAGAAUAUGAGUUUGGCAGAAGUGGACUGGGCUCAUGCAGCAAACCGACUGACUGAGAAGGUGGAAGAUGAAAAUGAAAUGGUAGAGGAUGGAUCACUAGUAUUUAGAUCAAAGAGAAGACUUAUAUUGACCGCACAACUUAUGCAGCUGCUGUUUCAUUCUCCUCCGGCAUCAGUUCUGUCUGCAGAUGCUAUGUCACAUUAUGAGAAUGUUGUUCACUUUCUUUCUCGUUCCACCCUGGGGGAUGCAUGCAGCGCACUCUCUUGUGCUGGAAGUGAUACUCCUGUACCUUCCAGCAGUGGAAACCUCCCACCCGAGAAAUUCAAGACAUCUGAGAGAAUUAGCAAUCAAUACUUCUCAAAAGUUGUGGAAGACCUGAUCAGUAGAGCAAGAAAGUUGGAGAAUGAUAUCUCAAGAUUGGAUAAGAGAGCAUCUGUUCUAGACUUGAGACUGGAAUGCCAAGAGUUAGAGAAGUAUUCUGUUAUCAAUCGUUUUGCCAAGUUCCAUGGACGAAGCCAAGCUGAUGCUGCCGAGACCUCAUUGACCUCCGAUGCACCUUCAAAUGCUCAGAAAUUCUGCCCCCAAAGAUAUGUUACUGCACUUCCAAUGCCUAGGAAUCUCCCUGACAGGGUACAAUGUUUUUCACUUUGAUCAUUAAUUAAUUGAUUUUUAUCUCGUUCUUGGCCAAUUAUCUCUACAUCCCUCAUCACUGGUUCAUUAUUACGACUUAUAUACCGCCACUUGCUCGCCAUAGAACCACAUGGAUGGGAAUAUACGAGGUUUGGAUGCUAGGUUGUCUCCUUAAAAGCAAUGGAGGCUAUUAGAUGUCAUCAGUCUAGGCCAUCAAUGUCAUAUAUUCAUUCUUGAGAGAUUCAUAUACUCUUGUAUACUUUGAAUGAUUAGAGGAAAUUGGGCGCCCCACCAUGUUUUUUCAGUAAAUGGGGGGACAGCAUCUGGCAUUUUGGCUUAGCAAUGAUGUCCACACACAGCUCCAAAUUUAUUAAGUUUGUUGUACUCAAGGCUUCUGAUAAUGGGGUUCUAUGUGUGAAAGAAGGGUUUUACGUUGUACCCUCUUCUUUUCUAGGUAAGGGAUAAGCAAGAGAGAGGACAAAAGAAGGGGAAGAAGAUGGUGGUUAGGAGUGGGGGUCGGAAUUGCUUGGCCCAAAGUCUUAAAUUGCCAGCUUUAGUGCAAUAAUGAUGUUAUUAUAUAUUUGGCCCUUCUAUUUUUUUUGUACAAAUUGGUUAAACUCUCAAAAAUAUUUAUGGAUAUUUUUUUCAAGAAAUUGGGAAACAUGUAAAGAUGGUUAAGUUGCCAAGUUACAGUGCUGUUCAAGAAGUUCCGAUUGGUUUCUCAACAUCUUACUUUUUCUCUUCCUGAUCAUCCACUUGAUCUAACUUCAUUAUGAGUUGGUUUCUGUUUGGAGACUUGGACGCUAUCCUACUUAACUAUGAUCCAUUUAUAAGUUUAAACUUGGACUUGUUGUGGUGUUAGUAUUUUUAGUUUUUGGCUUUUUGUGCAUUUAGAAGAUAAAAAGGUGCAGGAAUGCUUUAUGGUUAUGGUUAUAGUCUUGGACUUUGUGGUAUGGAAGAAUGCAAAAGUUUCUUUAUACUCCAACCUAUUAUGUAAAAUAACAGCAUGGGGAACUUUGCAGAAGCUCUUGUAAGAAAACAGUCGGGUAUAAGGAUAUUUGUAGGCAUUGCAUUCAUAGGAAUUAAUAUAUUUAUUUUAAAGUUUAUUUAGUUUU